ACGUCACAGGGGCGCUGGAACUCCAGUAAGUAGAGAUGAUGUUGUGGUUAUCCAUGCCGCCGUCGCCUCUCUGAGUGUUAUCUUGUGCAGAAGACCGACGGGGGAGAGAGCUCUCCACGCAUGGAGUUGAGCUCGGACCCGGCGGUGGCAACGCUGGAGAUGUCGCAGUCCAAAAGCAAAGACGAUGAGCCUUUCGGUAGUGACGGCGGCGACUACGAGAGCUUGCCACCUCAUGUCUCAGUGACGACCCACAUGACAGCAGGAGCCGUGGCGGGCAUACUGGAGCACACGGUGAUGUACCCCGUGGACUCUGUCAAGACCAGGAUGCAGAGCCUGCAGCCAGACCCAAAUGCACAAUACAAGGGUGUGUAUCAGGCUCUGAAAAGGAUCAUGCAGACGGAGGGGCUCCUCAGACCCCUGAGGGGCCUCAACAUCACCAUGAUGGGAGCGGGACCCGCACACGCGCUCUACUUCGCCUGCUACGAACGGGUCAAACGCUCACUGGGUGACGUCAUGCAUAGUGGAGGCAACAGCAAUUUAGCCAAUGGUUUAGCAGGUAGCGUGGCCACGGUUCUCCACGAUGCAGUCAUGAACCCGGCUGAAGUGGUGAAGCAGAGGAUGCAGAUGUACAACUCGCCAUAUCGAGGGCUUUGGGACUGCCUUAAAACGGUAACGCGCACCGAGGGAAUCGGCGCCUUCUACCGCAGCUACAGCACACAGCUGACCAUGAACAUCCCCUUCCAGGCCGUUCACUUCAUCACCUACGAGCUGAUGCAGGAACAGCUGAACCCGCACAGACAUUACUACCCCGGCAGCCACAUCGUGUCGGGGGCGGCCGCGGGAGCCAUUUCCGCGGCGAUAACCACGCCGCUCGACGUCUGUAAGACUCUGCUCAACACGCAAGAGAACGUGGCGCUCAACUCGGUGAACGUCAGCGGACACUUGUCGGGAAUGGCCAACGCCUUCAGGACCGUGUACCGGCUCGGCGGUUUGCCGGCUUUCUUCAGAGGGGCCCAAGCCCGCGUUAUUUACCAGAUGCCCUCCACCGCCAUCGCCUGGUCGGUGUACGAGUUCUUCAAGUACUUCCUGACGAAGCAGCGGCUGGAACAGGAGGCGAGACGGGCGUAAAUGGAAAAGGGUGUUUGGGGAAAUCAAACUACGCCUCGACUGGAACUGACGGAGGAAGGCUUGAACCUGACGCUGUGUUUCUGUUUGAGGAAAUAACAAACGCUAUUGUCUCUCUUUGUAAAGGAGUGGCAGGGAACGCCUCUCCUUAUUGUUCACUUACCUACAUGUGUGCGUGUGUGUGUGUGAUCAAGGUGAGUAACAUUGCACAACCAGGAUAUGCAACAGAGAUGACUAAUCUUUUAAAAGGACAGAUAAAUGUAGAAGGGUUGUCAUCUCCUUCCUCUCUUUUCUACAUGCGGAGAGCGUAUAAUGAAGUUGUGUUGAACGGCGCUUAUCGUUCUAAAUAUUGGAACUUUUUAUUUAUUUUGUUAGCUUGUAUUUUACGGACGUGGAAGAAACACAAUGCUGGUUGUUUUCAUUUCAUUGUGUAUUUAUGAAAAACCCAUUACGACCCAUUCCUCUUUCACUCCGCGGCGAACGCAACACUUGCGCUUUCCAAGUGCCUCGUAAAUAUUUAAUGCUGCUUUCGCUUCUCUCCUCUCCUCUCUUUUUGCCCUCUGGUUUGUGUAAGUAAGAACGAUCCAGCAACUCUGCCCUUGCCACAGCAUCACCAUUUAUUGAAGAAACUAACGUUUCCCUCCCUCUGGACCUUCGUCGAGAGUAUUUCAAAUGGUGGCCGGGUUGGUCAGUGGGUAGAGCACCAUACCCCCACAUCAUCACAUACCCUUCACCAUACCCCCACAUCAUCAC